AUUUUCAUUCUUCGGGCCAGUUUGAGUCGAGAACCGGCGAGAGAAAGGUCAAGUUCAGAAGUCUCUGUUUUUCUCCUCGUUUUUGCCACGAAGAUGAUGCGGAUUUUGGUGACUCUGCUGCUGACGGCCCUCCAUCUGAUCCAGUCCUCCGUGGCCAUAUCCUGUGGGGGCUGCGUGGACCUGGACGAGAUCAACUUCCAGAAAACCGUGGAGCGUUUUCCCUACGCCAUGGUCAAGUUCGACAUUGCAUUCCCCUACGGAGAGAAGCACGAGGCCUUCGGGGCCUUUUCCAAGGCCGCCCACAAGGUCACCAAGGACCUGCUAGUGGCCACCGUGGGCAUCAAGGACUACGGCGAACUGGAGAACAAGGCCCUUGGUGAGCGCUACGAGGUGGACGACAAGAACUUCCCAGCCAUCCUGCUGUUCAAGGGCAAGGCGGACGAGUUCGUGCGCUUUCCCAGCCACCUGGACGUGACCCUGGACAACCUGAAGGCCUUCGUCAGCAGCAACACCCCGCUCUACAUUGGCCGAGACGGCUGCAUCAAGGAGUUCAACGACGCCCUCAAGAACUACGCCAACCUGAAGGAUGAGGCACAGCUGAAGCUGAUCAAGCAGUUUGAGGCCAAGCAGGAGCAGUUCACCAACCCUGAGGAGCAGCAGAAUGCCAAGGCCUAUCUGGUGUUCAUGAGGAAGAUCCAGGACCAGGGCUACGGCUUCGUGGAGGAGGAGACCAAGCGCCUGCUGCGCCUGAAGGCCGGAAAGGUCACGGAGACCAAGAAGCUGGAGCUCCUACGGAAGCUGAACAUCCUGGAGACAUUCCGGGUGCACAAAGUCACCAAAGCCCCGACAGACAAGGAGGAGCUGUGAGCGGAGCUAGGGGAAAAUCUGUUGAAUUUUUAAAAAUUAUAAGAAGUUGUUGAUGAUCUGUGAAGAAGACUUAAUAAAUGGAUGGGUACACCGAUAUGACUGUAAAA